AUGUAUAGGAAAAGUUUGUAUAUGAGUCUGACGUUUAAAUAUUUAAAAAUGAUGAUGAUCAUGUACUAUGGUGUGUGUAUGGCCCUGCCUUUCGUUUUCCACACGCCGUUCCUCUUUAUAUUGUGGGAAAACGAAGCGUUGUUCUUUGUGUGA